AUGGCACGUCAUUACCUGUUUUCCGCUGUGAAAUUACUCAAGCAGAAAUGCUUUCCAUCCCUCAGUGGAACGAAAAGUUGUCAGAAUUUUUCCAGUAUGCAAGUCGACGAAACAGAAGGCGCUAACUUCAAACGCUUUGCCCAGUAUUGGUGGGACUAUGAUGGAUAUUUACAGCCAUUGCAUACUAUGAAUCGUUUGCGUGUACCAUUUAUUCAAAAUGGUCUUUGUCCAUUAACUACAUUAUCUACAAUUGAUUCAGUUUGUUUACCUUUGAAAGGUACGAAGAUUUUAGAUGUUGGCUGUGGUGGAGGUAUUCUAGCGGAAGCACUAUCUAUGUUGGGAGCAGAAGUUUUGGGCAUAGACUUAGUAGAAGAAGGUAUAAAAGUAGCACAAGAACAUGCUGAAGCUACAUCUUAUCGCUGGGUUGAUCAUCCAGAUUUACAUAAACCUACAUAUAAACUUACUAGUGUGCAAUCAAUUACUCAGGAAUAUCCAUGUCAAUUCGACGCAGUUGUUGCGUCUGAGGUAUUAGAACACGUUACUGAUUGGGAGGAUAUGUUGAACAAUUUAAAACAGUGCUUGAAAUUGGAAGGAAUGUUAUUCGUAACUACAAUAAAUCGUACUACCGCUUCAUUACUGCUAGGAAUUGGUGUAGCUGAAUAUGUAGCUCGUAUUGUUCCACGUGGUACUCAUGAUUGGAAUAAAUUCAUUGAACCUAGUCGACUACAGAUUGCUUGCAUCAAGCGUGGUUUGCAACCGCGUCAACUCAGCGGAAUGUUAUAUAACCCAUUAAGUCGUCGAUGGAGUUGGAGUAGUAAUUUAUCAUUAAAUUAUGCAUUCAGUGCUAUGAAAAUCGAUGAAUAA